ACAUUCGAGAGGGCAGGAGCGGAGGAAGGGUGCCUGCCACCUCCUCCCGUAACAGAGAGCCGCGGAUGCGUCAGGAGGGAGGUUUGGGAAGUGGGAGACGACGGACAUCUUGUACCUGGGCUGGUUCUGGUGCUGCAGUGCACUUACAGUCAGUCAUUCGGAGGAAUCAGCUGCCACGUGCAACGGAGAUACAAGAUGAUAUCCCAGUUCUUCAUUUUGUCCAUGAGGGGGGACAUCAUCGUCUUCCGAGAUUACAGGGGAGAUGUCCCCAAAGGAAGCCCUGAAGUGUUUUUUCGUAAAGUGAAAUUCUGGAAGGGUGAUUUGGGAGAAGCACCUCCUGUUUUUAAUGUGGAUGAAGUUAACUACCUCCAUGUGCGGUCUUCUGGGUUGCUGUUUGUGGCAACGACGAAAGUGAAUGUUUCCCCGGCCUGGGUGCUCGAGCUUUUGCAACGGAUUGCUCGGAUCAUAAAAGACUAUUGUGGUGUUUUGAGUGAAGAUUCCCUUCGCAAGAACUUCAUCCUCGUCUACGAGCUGCUUGAUGAAAUCAUUGAUGCAGGUUAUGUUCAGACAACGUCAACGGAGGCGUUGAAGUCAUUCGUGUUCAACGAGCCAGUGGUUGUCGAUGCAGCGCGUUUGCCCACGCUUGGUGCAGCAGGGCUCUUCAUUCAAUCAUCAGCAAGACGGAUGCCAGGAACGGCUGUCACAAAACCAGUCGUCACACAUGAGCCCGGUGGGAAGAAGAGGGAGGAAGUUUUUGUGGACAUCAUUGAGAGGAUAAGCGUGACUUUCAGCUCCAGUGGCUAUCUUUUGACAUCAGAGAUUGAUGGAACCAUCCAAAUGAAGAGUUACCUCACAAACAAUCCAGAAAUACGGCUUGCUCUGAAUGAAGAUCUCACGAUUGGACGGCCAGGGGAGCACCCAGCAUUUGGGAGCGGCUGUGUCAGUUUGUCAUGGCACUUGGAGGCCAACGAUAGGGCCGCCGCGGCGGCCAAGGAACGUAACCAGAUCGAGCAAGUGGAAGAGGCCAAGCGACAGGAGGAGGAACAGGACCGACUUCGUCAAGAGGAGGCAGACCUGCAGGCUGCAGCUGAACACCGGUCACGCCAGCGGGAACGACUGUUCACGCGGGAGAUCGUGAUCGGCGACGAGACCGCACAUUGGGUGGAAAUGGCAUCUGCAGACGGGGCCCCGGAGACUGACAAAGGGCUGUCGGCCGUGGCGCAGAUCUCCCAUGACCUCGUGGCCACCUGCGCUCUGCAGCAGGAGGAAAUCCUUCACCUGCAGCAGACAGUGGACCAGAUGGUUACACGACUGCAGGCGUUGGAGAAACAGCCAGCUGCUGUAGCAGCCGCAGGGCCUUCCAACCUUGCCACCCGCGUUCAAGUUUUGGAGGAUGACGUCAGCAACAUCAAGCGUGUGCAUCAGGACUUCCGGACGUCGCAGCAAGCAACGAACUUGCAGUUGGAGACGCAGGUCCAGGCUGCUGCUACCGUGACGCCCGCGGCCGCAUCCUCCCGACGCCCACCCAAACUGGAUGACAUUCCAGUUGUCUGCGAUCAGUUCAAGACGGAACCGAUCCCGUGGUGGCGCCAGUUUACUCCCAGGCUCGACAUGCACCAUGUCCCGAACAACGAUCGACAUCCGUGCUUGUACCACCGAUCUGGUGGUGCAUGUCAAGCAUGGGUGGACAACAUAUUGACCAGCCACGGCGUAGCAGUGUCGGAACUGCACACCAAGCUCACUUGGCAGGAGUUGACUGACGCCUGGCACAAGCGAUUCCAAGUGGAGCCGCCUGACUUGCAAGCGAUGGAGAAGCUCAACAAGCUCCAUCAGAACACGCUGCUCAGUCAGGACGGGAUUACCGAGUUCCAAAGACUCGCCUCCACACCCGACCUGCCGCUUGCAUUCCGCGGCGUCAAGCACUUGUUUAUCAUGCGCUCGUGUCCAGCUCUGCAAAACACGUUGACGCAGAUUGCAGAGACACUCGACACGUCGGACAAGCUUUUUAGCACAGCGUCACGGAUCAUUCUCACGAAUGUAGAAGCCCGCAACGCGGCCAUGACCACCGAGUUUCGCGCUAUGUUGGACCGAUUUGUCUUGGUCUACUUAGACGACAUCCUCGUCUAUAGCCGAACUCUCGAGGAGCAUCUCGAGCACCUUCGUCGUGUUCUAGAGACUCUUCGGUCAGCCCGGUACAAAGCGAACCGCGACAAAUGCGAGUUUGUCUGGCAAGAGUUUGAAUACUUGGGCCAUUUGGUAUCCCCGGAAGGCAUUCGUCCGUUGGCGGACAAGAUUCAAGCCAUCCAGGAGUGGCCCGAGCUGAAGAAUGUGACGGACCUCCGAUCCGUCCUCGGCUUGGCCGGAUAUUACCAGCGCUUCAUCAAGGGUUACUCGAAGAUCGCGGCCAACCUAAGCAAGUUACAAAGUGAGGAGCGGCCUUUUGACUUCGACGACGAUGCGCGCCAUUCUUUUGAAACACUCAAAGCGACACUUUUGUCCGCCGAGGUGUUACAUAUUUACGACCCGCUUCUAGCUAUGCGCGUCACUACCGAUGCGUCGGGCUAUGGCAUUGGGGCCGUCCUUGAGCAGCACGAUGGCACAGACUGGCACCCGGUCGAGUACUUUAGCAAGAAAGUGCCUCCCGUGCAUUCGAUCGACGACGCACGAAAGAAGGAGCUUCUUGCCUUCGUCCACGCCCUCAAGCGUUGGCGGCAUUUCCUCCUUGGUCGGCAAGCAUUCCGAUGGGUAACGGAUAACAAUCCGUUGGUAUUCUACAAGUCACAAGACACGAUUAAUAGUACCAUUGCCCGAUGGAUGGCUUUCAUCGACCAGUUGGACUUUUUCCCCAAUCACAUUCUCGGGAAGUCAAACUGUUUUGCGGACGCCCUCUCACGGCGACCGGAUCUUUGCACCGCAGUCUACUCUACCUUCGAGAUGGACGACGACUUGCGGGAGAGUUUCAUCCGCGGCUAUCAAGCCGACCCCCACUUUCGCGUCAAGUACGCGAAUUGCUCCUCUCCGAAUCCGGUGCCUUCGCAUUAUCGGAUCCAAGAGGGCUACUUGCUUGUGCAUUCACGGGGUAAGGAUCUUCUUUGUGUGCCGAGUGAUUCACACUUCUGCACACGGCUUCUUGGCGAGUUUCACGAUGUGCCCGCCUCCGGACAUUUUGGUGUCAACCGUACACUUGGCCGACUUCGCCAGCGUUUCUAUUGGCCCGACCUUCUCAAGGAUGCCACCCGCUAUUGUGAGUCAUGCGAAGUCUGUCGGCGUUGCAAGUCACGAAACCAUCGUCCGUUCUGCGAGCUACACCCACUACCAGUGCCCCUUGGGCAACGGGAAGCGAUUGCUAUGGAUAUCAUCGGCCCCUUCCCGAAGCACAAGACCAGCAUUGAUGGGAUCCUCACGGUCGUCGACCGCCUCACCAAGUACGCCAUGUUUUUGCCUUGCCGCUAUCACGCAAAGGCACCAGAGUUAGCCGAGGUCUUAUACACCAGUUGGAUUCGCUCUAAGGGCUACCCCAAGGAGAUCGUUUGCGACCGGGACACUCGCUUUCUCUCCGACUUUUGGGUCGCCCUCGUCAAACGAUGGGGCUCAUCUUUGAAGCCGAGUUCGGCUCGCCACCCGCAAACCGAUGGUCAAACGGAAAGGGCGCAUCAGACCGCUCAAGUCCUUCUACGCACUCUCAUCCGUCCCGACCAGGUUGAUUGGGUUGAGCGCUUGCCAGACGUCGAGUUGGCUUACAACUCAUUGAUCCAUCCGGCUAUCGGGAUGUCGCCGUUCGAGUUUGACCAUGGUUCACCCAUCUCAUCGCCGCUGGACGCCAUUUUGCCACGCACAGCCGAGAGCGACGACCAUUUUGCGUUCCUUCGUCGCAUGCAAGAGCUUCUUGUCAAGGCACGGGAUCAGAUGUCAAAGACGCAAAUACGGAUGAGCCGUCAAGCCAACCGCAAUCGUCUCCCUUGCCCGUUUCGCACCGGCGAUCUGGUUUGGGUCUCCGCCGCGGAGUUCAGCCUUGAGCAAGACAUCUCUCGCAAGCUCCUUCCCAAGUGGAUGGGGCCUUGGCGCAUUCUCUCUGCAGUUGGUGAUGAUCCCGAGGGGCCUUCAUUCCGCAUCGCGGUGCCACCUCACUUGCCCGUGCACACGGUGUUCCACUGUUCCAAACUCGCUCCUUUUGYUUCRGCRGARUCCGACGAGUUUCCCRGUCGACGUACGCAAGACCCUCCUUCCAUGGACGGAUUUCAGGAGGCCGGCUACAUCAUCACCGACCGGCGCCAUGGCAACAAGGAAACGGAGUUUCUACUUCACUUUUCCUACUGCAGCCACAAGGCUGACCGUUGGCUGACGCGUUCGGAACUGCAGGCCACAGCUCCCGCCGCUCUCUCACGUUAUCUUAGCAAAGGGAAGACUACACCGAGCACUCCAGCUGCGCGCCAUACUCGCUACAUUCCACCAUCGGAUCGGCGGCUUCGCCCUCGCCCCGGCUCAUCUUCAUAAGGAGGGGGGCAUGUUACAUGCUGAGAGCCUACACCCGGGCCCCUCACGGGGCCCGAGGUUGGAAUAGGACCCCCAG